GAGCUCUCAGAGCAGCCAGCACAGAGAGGCAGACAGCAUGGUCACAGUGCAGCACAGCGCAGUCGCGCAUCUCUCCAUGUAGCGCGGUGUUGCACGCUUGUGGGGGGAGACACACACACACCCCGUCUGUCAAGGGGCUUCCUUGUUCUCUUGCACAGUUUUAGCGAAGUAGUAGUGGAAGAGCCAGACAACUUUUUUUUUUCUCCUGCUUUUUAACUGUUUUCUUUUUUCAAACUUUUUCCUUUUUUGUUUUCGUUUCGUUGAUUUCGCUUGGUGGGUCUGGCUGACGUGUUGCAAUAGGGCCGCAUGCAUGACACUCCGCAAAGGCGAGAAGACGACCAUCAGCAUCCAGGAGCACAUGGCCAUCGAUGUCUGUCCUGGGCCCAUCCAGCCCAUUAAACAGAUAUCUGACUACUUCCCCCGCUAUCCACGGGGUCUUCCUUCCACAGCGCCCCCUGCCCUCAGCCGGGCUGGUUCCCUGCACUCCUCUGCAAGCCAGCAGUCCGAGGGACCCUCCUCUGACCAGCCCCGUGAUGAGGAGGACAUGGACCGUGCCUUUGGGGCCACCGCGCUGCCACCCAGCCGGAAGGAUGAGGAGCCAGAUGUGGAGGGAUACGACUCGGACGACUCCACUACGCUGGGGACCCUGGAUUUCAGUCUGCUGUACGACCAGGAGAACAACGCCCUGCACUGCACCAUCAACAAAGCCAAGGGACUCAAACCAAUGGAUCAUAAUGGACUAUCAGACCCCUAUGUCAAAGUGCACCUGCUGCCUGGGGCCAGCAAGGCCAACAAACUCCGCACCAAGACCCUGCGUAACACCCUCAACCCUGUCUGGAGCGAGACCUUGACUUACUAUGGCAUCACUGAUGAGGAUAUGGUCCGCAAAACUCUCAGGAUUUCAGUAUGUGAUGAGGACAAGUUCCGGCACAAUGAGUUCAUUGGAGAAACACGUAUCCCCCUGAAGAAGCUCAAGCCCAACCAGACAAAAAACUUCAACAACUGCCUGGAGAAACAGCUACCUAUCGAGAAGACAGAUGACAAAUCCCUAGAGGAGCGAGGCCGCAUCAUGAUCUCACUCAAGUACAACUCUCAGAAGUGCGGCCUGGUGGUGGGCAUCAUACGCUGCGCCCAUUUGGCCGCCAUGGAUGCAAACGGCUUUUCUGAUCCCUAUGUGAAAACGUACCUGAAACCUGAUGAGAACAAGAAGUCCAAGCACAAGACUGCAGUAAAGAAAAAGACGCUCAACCCAGAGUUUAAUGAGGAGUUCUUCUACGAAAUCAAAUAUGCUGACCUAAGCAAGAAGACCUUGGAGGUGACCGUGUGGGACUAUGACAUUGGAAAAUCCAAUGAUUUCAUAGGUGGAGUUUCUCUGGGGAUUAAUGCCAGUGGUGAGAGACUGAAACACUGGUUUGACUGCUUGAAGAAUAAGGAUAAGAAAAUUGAGCGCUGGCACACACUGACCAAUGAACUGCCGGGGUCGGGGUACAGUGACUGAAGUGAGCCGCUCCCUCCUGUCUGGCCCGGGUGAGAGCCUGCCUUGACUGACAGAUUCACUCCUAUAAGUUCCUGGUUCCAAAAUGGGUACUAAGCAAGCUCGUCUCACUUCACUCUCCACGUUUCCAAGCAAUUUUAGUGAUGCUGAGCUUUAAUGACAUCCUUUCUAAGACGUGGUUUGAUUCCUAAUCCUACUUUAGAUAUAUGCCUCACCCCAGGAGAAGUGGUCUUGAGCAGAGCUGGAGGAGGAUAGGAUAGAUAGCUAUUUGUCCUCCAUAAUAAAUCAGAAUCUAUACAUUCACAUGUUGACCAGAGAACACAUAACCCCGACAGCCCAUAGUUUGUAUGAGAACUCAGGCAUAACAAGGGAGAGGAAUUUCCACCUGACUAUUCAGGUAAGUCUAAUACAGUGUGUCCCUACUAAUGGUAACAUUUUUGGUCCCCUAUUACCUUUCAAGAUGUUAUCCACCUAUGUGUUGUCAUUAUCGCUCUCACAGUGACAGUGCCAGAAGUAGACGAUAAAGAAUUUAUACCAGGAAGUUUGCUGUAGAGAUGUCGAGAAAAAUAUAUGCAGAUUCAGUAUGUAUCCAGAGGUAUAAGUGAGAACAGUUUUAGCUGAUUGGAAGUCCAGUGUUUCCAAAAAAGCAGCACAAGAACAAGCACAUAAGAUUUCUGAUUGAAUCAAUCAGUAAGGUUGAUUAAGGACUUGCAGUACUGACCUCUAGUUAAACUAUAUUGCUGAGCUCUCUUCAGUCAGAUUGUAUGCAUUCAUUCCGUUUCUGUCCACAACCAGAGAAGAGAGAGCUUUCUUUCCAGAAGUGUCUGAGAAAAUUUGAGAAUACAUUUAAGAGUCUCAACAGUAGAUGUAUGUCAAACACUACAUUAGACCUUGGUUUAGCUGUCCAACUGUGUGACUGUAAUUGCAGCACUAUCAUAACAAACAGAUGAUUAUGGAAAAUAAUUCAAUAUUUUACUGCUGUCAGUCCAAGGUUAAUCACUUUCUUCUCUUUUAUAAAAACAUUUCUGUUGAGAUUUUAUAAGUUUUAUUGAUCCCUUUGCUCUGUGGUCAUUUGAGAUACAGGUUUAAAU